AUUCUUUAACUGACCAGGAGUCUCGCAUCAGUCUACCACUUGCAUUGGUCUCGUCGAUUCGCCUUCCGCCGCCUAACCGAUCGAUCGCCAUGGAGAAGCAGCAGCAGGAGAGGAUGCUCCUCCAAGCCGCCUUCGACGGCAACCUCCGUCUCGUCAAAAAGAUGGCGCGGAGGCUCAACUCCGGGCCAGGCGAGGCGGCCAUCAUGGCGGCGGUGGUUGACGGAAAGAGCGGGAACAGCGCGCUGCACCUGGCGGCCAUGGAGGAGAAGAUGGACGUCUGCAGGUACCUCGUGGAGGACCUCCGCCUUGACAUCAACCAAACCAACGACAAUGGUGAAACUCCGCUAUUCCUUUCUGCAUUCUUUGGGAGAGCUGUGGCUGCAAAAUAUCUUCUUGCUCAUGAUGCCGAUCCAAAGUUAGGUGAACAUCAAGGAAUAGUCAAACUGCUGCUUUCAAGAGGAAUUGACGUGGAUUUACCCUCGCCGCUUGGGACUCCGUUGCAUUUGGCUGCUACUUAUGGUCAAGAUGGUACGAUGAAGAUUUUGUUGGAGCACCAUGCAGAUCCAAACAAGGUUCUCAACCUUGAUGAUACCCCGUUGAGUAUGGCCAUAAGGCCCAUACCAACUGCAUCGGUGAACUGUGUGAAGCUACUCAUUAAGGCUGGCGCUGAUGUGAAUUUCACUGACUCGAAUGGUGGUAGUUACGUGGCGUUGGCAGCAACUUGUGGCUCAGCUGGCAUCAUGAACUGUUUACUAGAAGCUGGUGCCAACCCGAAUAUUGCAGAUGAAUUUGGUAUAACUCCAAUUGAAGUUGCUGCUUCCCAAGGCAGAAGAGAAAUUGUUGAAAUGUUAUUUCCCGUAACUUCUCCGAUUUCAAAGCUUCCCGAUUGGAGCAUUGACGGGGUCAUUUCGCAUGUGAAAACUUUUGGUUUGCAGCGGGAUAAACUUAAGUGUCAGAAGAAAAGAGCUGAAUUGAAAUUAAAAGCUGCUGAGGCUUUUAAGAGAAGUGAAUAUAUGAUGGCAGCAGAGAUGUAUACUGUUGCAAUGGAACUUGGCCCUAGCUCAGAUGAUUAUGCAACCCUGCUAGCAAAUAGGAGUCUCUGUUUGUUGCGCUUGGAAAAUGGAACUAUGGCUCUCAAAGAUGCUACUUUGUGUAGAAUGAUGCGACCCAACUGGCCAAAAGCCUGCUAUCGACAAGGGGCUGCUUUUAUGCGUCUGAAGGACUACGAAAAAGCAUGUGAGGCUUUCGCAGAUGGCCUAAAGUUGGACCCCAAAGCCGUUGACAUUGAGAAUGCUUUAAGGGAAGCAACUGCAAUGAAGACUUAGCCUACACGCAUUACAUGAUACCUUGGGUAGUUGUGGCUCUCUUGUUGCUACUUGCUAGGUCCAGGAUCAGGAUACCCCGGUUGUUCUCUGCUUCUCUGGUAUCUAUCUACAGCAACAGUGCAAGCCUCUCUUUUUUAAGACUUCUGGUUGCCCCCAUCGUGUGUAAACAUUACUGAAUGCGAUGGAUGUGUAUCUAGUUUCAGUUUAAAAGUCAACAAAAUGCUAUAGAUUGAGUUCUUGUCUGUCUUCUAGAUUUUUCUUGCUUUCUUUACUAUUACUAGCUUCUGCUACAGUGGGAUGUUCUCUUUGAUAGUUGCAGGGAUCGCUGCUUGAGUAGAGGCUCGCAGGGGUUUGCGGUCAUUAGCCAUCGGAUCCCGCAAAUCCACGUUUCAUAUUUCUCGAUUGCCACACUAGCACCUGAGAGGAAAUUUCCCUCCGCCUUCGUACUGGCAGUAACGACAAACACUGAAGAGCCAACCAAACAGACAGUGGCGGAGCCAGAAGUAACAGGGGGGCCAAAGAGUAGAUGAUGCAUUAUCGGGGGCCAAAUGCAGCUAGAACAAGUCAAGGAGGGCCAGAAAUUGACUAGCAGCAGCAAAAAAUUACUAAUCAUGUCACUGUUCAUUGCAAAUUAGGAGUAA